AUUUUCAACAGCCCUACUUGUUAUACCGCUAACCUCGAAAGUUCUUUUAAAUUGCUACGCCAAAAUAUUUUAAAUACAUUUUGAAAAUUUGCAAAAUGGAGUUAGAUGAUCUGCAAGUGGUUUUAAAUCUAUUCGAGCGCAAUGUAAACAAAUUACAUGCAAACUUAAGUGCCCUUAUGGAUGAAAUAAAAUUGUCGCACCAAUCACUUGCCGAAAAAUGCAAAAAUUAUAGCGCUUCAGAUGGUCGCCUAAUUUCAAUUCACGAUUGUUUAUUGAGUAAAGUUAAUACUGCUAAUGAGCAUGUGAUCAAAUUGAAUUUCCACAUUAAUCUCAAUCGCAAUCGUCGCAUGCCUUGCAGCGAUAGAAGCCAUGAACGCAAAUCUCUGGAGAUUGACAAUAAGCAAGGGAAUCACACAAAUCUGGAUGGAAUCGAAGUGGGCGGAGUCGAUUCGGACUCGGACGGUAACGUAAAAGAUACAGCUGAAUUGUUGCCACCGCGGGGUGGAAAGCAGAGGAGCAGCGAAGAAACCUACCAUCAAUUGGUGAAAAAUAUUUCACCCUAUGUCAUAGACAGUAUCGUGGAGACCAAUGUAAUGCACGUCGAUAUUGUUGAGAACUCCAUUUACGUUGGUAUGUGGGGCAAGGACACAACGCCACUUCAAAAACUUCUGGCUUGCCAAAUGCAGCUCGUGGCGCUGCAACAGAUUCCCGACUUUGGCGAGAUCUUCGCUGUAUACGAUGCCCAGCAGAAGAUAAUGCCACGUGUGGUUAUCAAUGCACCCAAUAAAAAUGGCGGCUAUUAUGCCUAUUUGUUGGACUAUGGCGAGGGCAUUCAUUUGGACGGUACGGAGGCAUUUUUUGGUCUUCCCAAGGAUAUGUCUGCCAUGCCGGCAGAAGCUAUACGAUGUCAAGUUCACAAUCUCGAAAUUGCCCACAUGGUACAAUUUCUCUAUAAAAGAAUCCAGCUAAGAGUAUUGGCCAACAAUGGCAAGGACUUGGAGGUAGAAGUAUUGGAAGAGCAUAAGACGGAGUCCGCCGUAGAGAAGGAGCUUGCAGCGGUGGGUCCAAAACAGUAUGACCAGGGAAUAGCAAACUCAUUCUCAAAAGAAACACCGCCUGAUUAUGAUGAGGAAGUGCACUCUGUUAUACCCAAUCCAGAUUUAGUGCAGUCAACUCUGCAAUUGACUGAAGAACAGAAGGCCAUACUCGAGACUGUUGAGGAAGGCACUAGCAAUGCUGUGAAGGCCGUGUUGGGUUUUAAUCCUACCGACGAUAAACGUAUUUGUCGCUUCUAUGAUCCCAAUAUUGGUGGCUGCUUUAAAGGAUCUCAUUGCCGCCUGAUGCAUGAACAUUUUGCAUCACAUGGCGCUACUAAGGACAAAGAGUGCAUUGAUGCAUUACCGAUUGCCAGCCGAUCACCCAAAGAUUUGGGCAGCGUCGUGCGCGUACUGGUCACAUAUAUUAAAAGUUCAACUCAGAUUUAUGUGCAGUUCAUUGACGAAUCUACGCCGCUUGUGUGGACCAAAAAAGAUGUGCCAGAUUCAGAGCUGAAGCUGCACCGUGCACCACGUCCGCUCGACAUAGUGUUGGCGCUUUACACCGAUGGCUAUUACUACCGUGCCCAGAUCAUCGACGAAUUAGAUGACCUGUUUAAAAUCUUUUAUAUCGACUAUGGCAAUACAGAGUAUGUCAACAUCGAUUCGAUGGCGCAGUGCAACGAUGCCCGAAGCCUGAAGCCGUAUCGUGCCGUUGGUUGUAUGAUUGCAGACGUUAAGCCAUCGCUUGAGCAAAGCAAUGAGUGCGUUGAGUUCCUUGAGAGCACCUUACUUAAUGAAGAGCUUGAUGUGUUGCUUGAAAGCGAAACGCCCGAUGGAUAUGUUAUUAGAUUAUUGGGUAGUCAUGCGGAAAUCAUCAAGAAAAUGAUAAAGCGUGGUUACUUCGUGUCGGAUGACUUUUUUUAAGUUGUAUCAAUUUAAGUUUGUUUUCAUUUAGUUUAAUUCAUCUCAGCCUAGACGUGGUGUAUUAACCAUAGUUUUCGUUUGAGUAUUAAAUACUGUUUUAAUCGGCAUAUUAAUUCUUGAAUAUCUGUCGAAACUCUAAGUUCCUAUACAUACUAUUCUUUUCACAAUUCUGUUUGAAACAGAAUAAUUUCAAUAUUAUGACAAAUUUUAAUUUUUGGAAGUCAUGUUUAAUUUGAAUUGUUGAAUAACCAUUCAAUAUUCACAAAAGAAAAAAGAGGUAAUAAAAUAUAUAGUAGCAUUUGCUUUUCAUUUAAAUAUUUUUUUCGGCUUAAAUUGUGUAUCAAGCGUUAACGCAAAUUAACAAUCAAAAAGUAGAAGAAUGCCCGAGAUCUCACGAGCCGAUAAGAUAUUUAUCUUAAUCAUGGUCGUCGGCAUAAUCAUUUUCGCUACAACAGGAGUUUUUGUUUUAUGGUAUUUGGAUUUCAAAAUUGAUAUAUAGCAGCUGUCGUUUGCGGACAAGAUUUUGCUCAAAUAUGUUUACGAUUAAAGUCCUUUAUAAUCGCAAUUGUCAGAUAAGAAUGUUUUACAACUCAGAAUCUUUAAUUUAUGUAUCUGAAAAAGAAGGGUAUGUGUGGAUUACUUUUUUUUUAAUAUUUACUACAAGAUAUUAAAUCCAGAUGCCGGAAUUAUCAAGUCACAAGUGGCGAUAUGUGGCUAUGUUAGCGGGAAUAAUAGUUUUUGCAUUAAUGGCUUUUAUGAUCAUCUACUUCCUGAAAAUCCAAUGAUUGUUUUUGUCUUUGGUAGAAUGCCGAGUUCUAGUAUCAAGAGACUUCCUCAGAUUGUUUUCGACGUAAAUGAUAAUAUUAUAAAUGAUAAAUUAAUAUACUGAAUACAUUAAUUACAAAGAAGGUAAA